AGUCGGCUUUUUUGACUCAUAGGAGGGAGGCACUCUGGGCUUGUGGGAGUAAGAUGGCGGGGAAGAAGAAUGUUCUGUCGUCUUUGGCAGUUUACGCGGAAGAUUCAGAGCCCGAGUCUGACGGCGAGGCUGGGGUCGAAACUGCGGGCGGCGCGCCUGAGGAGAAAGGUGGAUUAGUAUCUGAAGCCUAUGGAGAGGAUGACUUUUCUCGCCUUGGAGGUGAUGAAGAUGGUUAUGAGGAAGAAGAGGAUGAGAAUAGCAAACAGUCGGAAGAUGACGAUUCAGAGACUGAAAAACCUGAGGCUGAUGACCCAAAGGAUAACCCAGAAGUAGAAAAGCGAGAUCCUCAGGAAUUAGUUGCCUCCUUUUCUGAAAGAGUCCGGAACAUGUCACCCGAUGAAAUCAAGAUCCCACCCGAGCCCCCUGGCAGGUGUUCGAACCACUUACAAGACAAGAUCCAGAAGCUUUAUGAGCGGAAGAUAAAGGAGGGAAUGGAUAUGAACUACAUUAUCCAAAGGAAAAAAGAAUUUCGGAAUCCCAGCAUCUACGAGAAGCUGAUCCAGUUCUGUGCAAUUGAUGAGCUGGGCACCAACUACCCAAAGGAUAUGUUUGACCCCCACGGCUGGUCUGAAGACUCCUACUACGAGGCAUUAGCUAAAGCCCAGAAGAUUGAAAUGGACAAGUUGGAAAAGGCCAAAAAGGAACGAACCAAAAUCGAGUUUGUGACAGGCACCAAGAAAGGUACCACGACCAACGCCACAGCCGCCACCACCACCACAGCCAGCACGGCGGUUGCAGAUGCCCAGAAGAGGAAGAGCAAGUGGGAUUCGGCCAUUCCGGUGACGACGAUAGCCCAGCCCACCAUCCUCACAACCACAGCCACCCUGCCCGCUGUCGUCACGGUGACCACCAGUGCCAGUGGCUCCAAGACCACCGUGAUCUCUGCCGUGGGCACCAUUGUGAAAAAGGCCAAGCAGUGACCCAAGGGACCGGCAUGGAGUGGCUCGGACAUUCUCCUUUCCAUCAAGGGGAGGAGUCGCUCCAGGACCCGAGGAGAUUGUGUAGCCCAGCGACCGACAUCGGCGCAGGGGUGCUACUUUAUUUUAGGACUGGGAUCUGCUCCCCAGAUGCCACCCCAAGAGGAGCCUCCGUGUGGCAUUCCAGCCAGGAAAAGGACAUUGCCACAGAGGAGUCGGGUGCUGUGGAUAGUGUCCACACGCCACUUGGGGUCCGGUGCCCUAUUAAAAGUGCCGUAUUCUCACAUCUCGGGCCUCUUGGCUGCUCUGGCCUCUGCUGUGGUCUGUUUUCAGGCAGAAGUGAAAGUUCCAAGCGCUGUCUCCAUCUCCUCCCGUUGGGGUUACUACCUCAGGGUGGUAGUAGAACGGCCGAAGCCUGUGGCACUAGUCCGUGGAGGUGGCCCAGGAAGUUGCGUGGUCGUUCCCAGCGUGUGCCUCUUGGCACGGGCAGAUGGGAGUCCAGAGAGCGGGGGAGGCCCCCCACUCCCGCCAUCUGCUGCCCUGAUCCUGAAACCCGGCCAGUUCUCAGACAAGAGCGGAGGCUCUGCUCCCUUGGGGGUGAUUGAGCCCUCCCCAACCACUUUUUACACACGCCCAGGCUUUUGAAGUCAAGCCAGUUACCAGAAGGCCCAGGUUUGAUCCCCAGCCCACACAGGGAGCCGGAGAGGCAUCAGCGCGCGGCCAAGGCUGCCCGGUGCCUCAGCGCCCGACGAGCGCGGCCAGCAGGCUCCACGCGGUGCAGGACGUGAAUCACCUUCUGCCCCGACCGGCGGCAGCUCGUUGUUUACGUGAAAGCCGGGCUCUUGGGAGGAUCCUGCCACCCCACCUUUCCUGUGCCUGUUAUCUCUGCCCCACAGCAGCGCCUGGGCAGCGCCAGCGGUGGCCGGGCUCCUCUCGAGGCCAAAACCGAUUUCCCAGCCGCCGUCGGCCCGAGAGUCCAGAGGGAAGUCGCCCGCCUCUCCUGUUCCUCGGAAGCUCUCCAGUCUGGCGGAAGGGCUCCGUGUCGGAGAGGAAGCUGGGCCGUGAAGAGCUGUGUUGCUUCCGGGGCACGGCUGCGGGCUGGGAAGGUGGUCCUGACUGCGCCUGGCAACUUCGCGUCACCGGAGGAGGGUGACGAUCCUGCCCCGCCAUCCCCACAAUCAAACUGACUCACGUGCGUCCCCUCCCCCUGCCCCCUCCAUGCACUGGGGCCCUGAGGUCAGUCGUCACCCUCCCCUCCUUUGAUGGGACUCUGCAACCCUGGAGGGGAGCUGCUGCCCCCUUAGUCCCAAGAGGGUCUGUGAAGGCCGCCUGCCCUACGGCCUCCAGCGGAGACCCCCUCCGGAGUGCGAGGGCCCCAGGGCUUGUGUGGGAGGCUGUGCGGCGCCGUGGGAGUGGCAGACACACAGACUCGACACCUCUGCUCCGGAUCCUGGUUUCAACGAGUUGUGUUUUAGUUGUGUGUCUUGGGCCCUUAUCUCUGUGAGUCUUCUCUGUCAGGUCCCUGUAAUAAAGCUACCUAAGGCAA